AUGACCUUUGAGAAGUCUUCAAAUAAACAUUUUAAAAGGCCUUUCUCAGAGCCUACCAACGGGAUUAAUACAGCAUGUUUAAAUAAAAAAAGUAAAAAAGAGCAACCUACAGUGGAUAAACCUCUUGAAAGUCUUAGCCAAGAUAUUAGCAUUGAAAAAAGCAGUGAUGGUGGCUUAGCAUUUUUUAGUUCUUUGAAAGAUUUUGUUUCUGAAAAGACAUACAAAGGAAUUUUAGACUUGGGCUUCCCAAGAAUGACGGAGAUUCAAAGGCAGUCCAUACCGCCUCUUUUAGUGGGAAAAGACGUUCUUGCGUCCGCUAAAACAGGUUCUGGAAAAACUCUUGCUUUUUUAAUACCAGCGGCUGAACUUAUGUACAAGCUUAAGUUUACUCCUAGAAAUGGUACUGGAGUCAUUGUUAUAACUCCUACACGAGAGCUAGCUCUCCAAAUUUUUGGCGUUGCCAGAGAUGUUUUGAAGUACCAUAGUCAAACUUUUGGUAUAGUUAUUGGAGGUGCUAAUCGUAAGGCCGAAGCGGAUAAGCUGAAUAAAGGAAUAAAUAUUCUCGUUGGCACACCUGGGAGGUUGCUCGACCAUUUGCAAUCUACGAAAGGCUUUUUAUAUCGCAAUUUACAACAGUUAGUUAUAGAUGAGGCUGACAGGUGCCUUGAAAUCGGUUUCGAAGAUGAAAUGAGGCAAAUAGUUAAAGUACUUCCUGGCAACCGUCAAACAGUGUUGUUCUCGGCGACCCAAACUAGGAACGUUGAAGAUUUGGCCAGAAUUUCUUUGAAAAAGGAACCUUUGUAUAUCGGCGUGGAUGAUGAUAAAGAACACUCUACAGCAAGCGGUAUAGAGCAGGGUUACGUGACGGUCCCUCCAGAGUACCGUUUUUUACUGCUUUUCACUUUUUUGAGGAGAAACCUUACCAAGAAAAUGAUGGUUUUUAUGAGCUCUUGUAAUUCUGUAAAAUAUCACGCGGAACUUCUGAAUUAUAUUGAUGUUCCUGUCAUGGAUAUUCACGGCCGCCAAAAACAAGCUAAAAGGACGUCUACUUUCUACGAGUUUCAGCAGGCAAAGUCGGGUAUUCUUCUUUGCACAGACGUGGCUGCUCGAGGUCUUGAUAUCCCCGCCGUCGAUUGGAUUGUUCAAUUUGAUCCUCCAGACGAUCCCAAGGAGUACAUCCAUCGCGUUGGGAGGACGGCCAGAGGACUGAAUGGCAGGGGGAAGGCUUUGCUUUUUCUUAUACCGGAAGAACUCGGCUUUCUACGGUAUCUUCAGCAUGCUAAAGUUCCCCUGAGCGAGUACUCAUUUCCUACUAAUAAGCUGGCCAACAUUCAAUCUCAACUUGAAUUGUUAAUAGAAAAGAACCAUUAUCUCCACAAGUCAGCAAGGGAUGGCUUUCGGUCCUACUUGCAAUCUUAUGCCUCUCAUUCUCAUAAAACAAUUUUUGACGUGCAAAAAUUGGAUUUACAAAAAGUCGCUCUUGCUUUUGGUUUUAGAGUUCCUCCAUCUGUAAAUCUUAAUGUUAAUGCCAGCAAAAGCAAACUUAUAAAAAGGCGCGGCGGAAGAGGCGACUUUGGAAAGCAGAGAACAAAGAAUGAAAAGUUAAAAGUCUUUAAACAUCAGGCCAAUUUAAAAGCGGGAGUUCAGUAUUCUCGCUAG